UUGUGUGUAGCCAGAAUCUAGCUUGAUCAAUAGAAAAGUCCCUUUGCCUCUUUGAUCAUUUGCCUUGAAUAUUUUUCUGUGGGUUUGUGAUUGAUUAUCAAUUUGGGUCCAUCAAAAUAGUGGCACAUCACUUGCCGUCUCUAUUGCACUUCAUCAUGGAGAAAAUUUUCUAUCAUUUCCUUCAGGGACUCUUCUUGCUGUAUUUUGUUUCAGCUUCCUUAGCCAUGACCACAACCAAUAUUACCACUGAUCAAGAUGCUCUUCUUGCGUUGAGAGCUCACAUCACUUCACAGGGCCCUCAUCAAAUCCUGUUGAAAAACUGGUCUGUUUCUUCCCCUGUAUGUCAGUGGGUAGGAGUCACUUGCGGCUCUCGUCACCGUCGAGUAAUUGCCUUGGAUCUUUCGAAUAUGAGUCUUAGUGGCAUCAUACCACCACAGCUGGGAAAUAUGUCAUUUCUGGUUUCCCUUAACAUGAGCAGAAAUAAUUUCCAUGGAGAACUGCCGCAUGAAUUUGCUCGGUUACGCCGGUUGAGAGUGCUUGAUUUAGAUGUCAACAAUCUCAGUGGAGGGUUUCCCGAGUGGUUUGGUUCCAUUCAUCAACUUCGACUGUUAUCUCUGAAUAAUAACAGUUUCACUGGCCUCAUCUCACCUUCCUUGGCUAACGUUUCUAAGCUACAAACGUUAAGUCUGUCAUUCAAUUAUCUCCAGGGAAAUAUUCCAACAGAGAUUUUCAAAAUUUCCUCGCUGGAAUUGAUUUUCUUCCAGGGUAAUAGCUUAUCUGGUAGCGUUCCAGAUGAUAUGUGUCGCCAUCUUCGGAGACUCAAGUGGAUUGACCUGUCACGGAACAAGUUAAAUGGCCAAAUACCAUCAAGCAUAUAUAACUGCUCACAACUUCAAGUGCUGAGCCUUUCUGUGAAUCACUUCACUGGAUUCAUACCAAGAGAAAUUGGCACUUUGAAGGCACUUGAGCGGCUGUAUCUAUACAGGAACAGUUUAGAAGGUCAAAUUCUAAAAGAGAUGGGUAAUUUAACUAUGCUGAAAACAUUUGCCAUUGGUGCCAACAGCAUAACAGGUGAAAUUCCAAAAGAAAUGGGUAAUUUAACUGUGCUAAAAAUACUUGGCGUUGGUGGCAACCACAUAACAGGUGCAAUACCCCAAGAGAUCAGCAAGCUAUGCAAUUUGGAAGAACUCUACUUGACGUUGAAUAACAUAACUGGUUUCAUUCCGAUGCAGGUAUUUAAUCUGUCACAGAUAAGAACUCUCUCUUACAGGAAACCAACUUUCAGAAGAGCUUUUCUCAACAGCAACAAUUUAGGUGGACCAAUACCAGAUUCAAUCUCAAAUUGUUCUAAACUCAAAAUAUUAGAACUUUCUGUUAACAAUUUUACUGGUCCCAUUCCACAUUACUUUGGGGAUCUAAGACACCUAGAAUUCCUAGAUCUUUCAGGCAACAAUUUAAUGAGUGACUACUCUUCAUCCAAUACACAGUUGGGAUGGAUCAAUUCCUUGGCAAAUUGCAAACAUUUGACAGUACUCGGAGUGGCUGACAAUCCAAUUACUGGUUUUCUUCCAAAUUCUAUUGGCAAUCUUUCAACUUUGCUUGAACAGCUUUAUGCAUACAAAUGCAACAUACGAGGCAGCAUUCCAGAUGGGCAGCAUUCCGGAUGA